AUGGAUGAUGAAAAAGAUUCUGAACAACGUAAGGCAUACUAUCAUGCAAAAAGUCCAACAAACUAUGCAUUUAAAAUACAGAUAACUUGCGAUUUUAAUCAUCGAAUAGUUCAUGCAUCCAAAUGUUACCACGGUGAUGUACUUGAUAUUACUAUCUUAAGAGAAUCAAGAUUCUUAGAACAUACAAAAGAAAAUGUACAAAUUAUUGCUGAUAAAGGUUAUAUUGGUGAACAAUAUGUUAUCACUCCAAGAAAGAAACCCCGUGGUGGUGAAUCAACAGCUGAAGAUAAAGAUUUUAAUCGAUCUAUUUCCAGUGCAAGAGCAGCGAUUGAAAAUAUCAACCAACGUGUUAAAAAUUAUGCCAUUUUAGGAAGUACUUACAAAGAACCAUACAAUGAUUUUGAGAAAAUUACUAAAAUUACACAUGUGGUUGCUGCUUUAUGUAAUCUUAAGUUGAUUGGCUCAGCAAUAGCUGAAACAUUUAAAAUAUCAUUUGCAUCAAUAUCAAAUGUAACGUCAAUUUGUGGUACACCUCGAGGAGCUGGUGGAAUAACCGAAAGUUCAAAAUUAUCAAUUGAAAUGGUUGUAUUGCGUUUAAUUAAAACUGUUAUAACACCACCAACAGUUUCAAUACCCUAUUAA